GGGGGGGGGAACUGAGUGACUUUAAGUAACCUGUCAGUAGAUGGCGAAAAGGUUAAUUUGCAUCACCAGAAAUACGGAAGAGGAAGUGAGUUAAGGUCAUGUUGCGUUGAUGAAGCGCUGUCAAUUUCACUUUGAUUACAUCAUCUUUACCUUCACUUAUUGUUAAAAGCCACGAACAGGACUUCAGUGACGCACUCCAGACUAUCUAACACAAGGAUAAAGAAGACAUUUUCGGAGAAAUGAAGAGUGCUGGAGUUUCAUUGCUGCAAUUCUUGCUUAUUGUGCCUCACAUCAACUGCUGGACUAAUGAUGCUGUGUUGCUGAAUGAUGUUCAGGUUCUUACCCUCUACAAAGGUCGCUACACCACCGCACGACGCUCCAGUCCGGUUCUACAGCUGCAGUGUGUCGGGGGGUCAGCUGGAUGUGUCUCAUUCGUACCAGAGGUGGUCCAGUGUUAUAACAGAGGAACAGAUGGCAUAGACACACAGUGGGAAUGUAAGACUGACAUGGAUAACGCGUACAGGUUUGGCCGUGUGGAAGUCUCCUGUGAAGGUUAUAGCAGUCCUAAUGAUGCGUAUGUCCUGAAGGGCUCAUGCAGUCUGGAAUACACACUGGAGCUCACAGCGAAAGGGAAACAGGAGAACACUCAUGGCUCCUGGGGCUCUUCUGGCUUUUCAGACUUUGCCUCUAGCUUCUUCCAAGGCUCUAAUCAGAAACAGCAGCAGAGAGGUGGCCACUAUCAGCAAUCUAACGGCCCAUCAGAUGAUGGAGUGAGUGGUCUUAUUGUGGUUGCUUUCAUUUUGCUGUUGGCAUAUGGUGUGUACAAGAUGUUUUUGUGCAGCCCUACCCGGGGCCAACAAAGUCACAAUGGUGAUGGCACCCAAGGGUUCAGUGGGUCCUGGGAUAACAGCCAUGGCAUGGGACCACCACCCCCUGGAUUUAAGCCAGAUUACACAGACCAUUCUAGCUCAAGGCCUGGGUAUGGCUUUUCUGACUCAUAUACCAGACCUCAAAAUUCUUGGACUGGUUCCACUGGUGGAAACAGAUCUGGAGGUGGUGGAUUCUGGACUGGAAUGGGCACAGGUGGAAUUCUGGGAUACCUGUUUGGGAGUCAGAGACAGCAACCACCCAUGGGUUCUACGGGACAAUCCUACUUCAGCAGACCCUCUCCUCCACCACCACCAACAAGCUCAGGAACACGCACUGCCUCAGGUUUUGGAGGAACAAAAAAAAGAUGAUUCAAGACCAGCUCCUAGAUGGACACCCACACUCAACCUCGGUUCACAGAUGGUCAUGACUGCUUUGCACAGAAUGAAACCUUUUUAGGCCUAUUAUGGGUCUUACCAUGUUAAGCAUGUUAUUGAUAUGGGUUACCGAUAGUUGGUUGCUGUUCUCACUCAUUAAAAACAUGCUGCCUUCUUUUGUAGAGUUUAACUCUGAAUUCAUUCAAUAAAAAUGAGCUGUGUCUGCAAGACACACAGUUACUUACCAAAAGAAAAUCUUGGUUCGUUCAUAGUUUGAAAUCAAAAGGAUUUUGAAUAAAAUAUAGCUAUAAUUGAUUUAAGUGAACACAUUUUUCUAUAAAUGUUUUACAGUAAAUUGUACCUUAAAAUAUAGGUUGAUGCACUUUUAUAUGUGCAAAACUAAAAUAUUAUUAGGUGCUUGGUUUUUAAUACCACCACUUUGUGUGUGAGAGAUUAAUUUGCUAAUACUGGACAUUACUUUAGACAUGCUGUAGUAAGUUAAAACACAAGUUAAAAUGUGUAUGAUGAUCUGGAGAGGUUAAGUUGAAGCAUGAGAUGCUCGUAUAAUAAAAAGCUUACU